ACCGGUACGGCCACCCAAACCAGCUCAUAUGGAGCAAAAGAAGCCAAUGGCACCUCCUCCCCCACAAAGCUGCAGCUGUAUGAAUGAUAACCAUGUUGUAAAUAACCCGAAAGUCGGUCCCUAUGAAAAUUAUGAUGUUCCUAAAGUCUCACAUGUAGAGGUAGAUAACUCCGAAUACUAUGAUACUCCUAAAAGAAUAAAGCAAGCCCUAGCUGAAGACCUAUUCCAAGUAACUAAAACUUCUACACCAGAUAACCUAGUUCUGAAGAAAAACUGCGGCUGCAUACUAAAAUUCGGUUCAAGAAAAAAACCCGUCAUUGUAGAAUGCGAUGAAAAUCUACAACCAGUCGAAUGUCCAUGUCAAAAAGUAACUAAUUGGGCAAAUAAUUUAAUCAGUCUUCCAUACUGUAAACGAAACGAAAUUAAUGUUGAAGUCACUACAAACGUAAAAGACGAUACAGCAUUAUAUGCCACCGUAGACGUAUCGAGAAAAACAAAUAGACAGAGCGCUGUUACAGAUAAAGACCCUCAAGAAUCUACCAGUGACCCACAGUUUAUAAAUUACCAGAAUAUUACUCCUAAAGAUGAGAAAGAAGGUGAAGACCAUUACGGUAAUUAUGAAAAUCUGGAAUUUGCACUUUCUUUAGAAUACUACGAGAAUGCCAAAGAUUUACUCAGAAAAGCAGGAGUGACACAAAGUGAAUUAGAUGCCUUGAGUGCUAACUUAGACAUUGCCGUCACUACUUUUACCAAAGAAAAAAACUUUGCACAAAAUGCGGACAUACACAGCUUGGGCAAAAGCAAGAUGCAAAGAAAAACAAAAGCGAUGAAUAUUUACUGA